AUGCACUUUGGGGGCGGGCCGAGCCCGGAUACGGUAGAUGGAGGUUUCAGCGGCCAUGGCUGCGGGCCAACCCCUUGCGACGGACACACGCACAACACCCCCGCAGCCGGCACUCGAGAGAACAUGCUGCAGUGGUCAGUAACAGCCUGUCCUACUUGUUACUACCACUACUACUUUUUUCGAUCACUGAUCAAUCAAUCAUCCUGCUUUAAACUCGUCCGCCGAUCGACAUAUUACUACGUUGUUAGUGUCUUAUCUAUCCACUCCGUCGACAUCAUGUCAAUUAUGUUGAGUGCGAACCUUGUGCUCGUCUUUUCGCUUGUUCUCGCCUCUGUAAAUUACGAUUCAUCGAAUCGCACAAAAUGGAUACUGUAA